AUGUUUUACGCUUGGCUUUACGGCAUAAUAGCCGUAUUGUUACGUGUUGAAGCUACUGUCGAGACAAUAACACCAAUGUGGCGUUUUACUACUACUACUGCACCCGAAAAACACGAAGGAAAUUACUUAGUGAUUGCACCAAAAAUUGUCAGGCCAAGUUUGCCAUAUUCCGUCUCGGUGAAUAUAAUGAAAAGUUCAGAAAGUGAUCACAUUGUAAGGAUAGAAAUCCGAACUGAUCAAAAUGAUAUUGUCGCAGCGCGUGUUGUUAAUAAUGUCAAAACAGGAGUACCACAAACAGUAACAAUUGAUGAAUUAUCCCCUCAAAGUCUUCAGCCUGAUUACAAUUACAAAGUUUACGUUAGAGCAGAAACUAUUGGUUCAAAAGUACUAUUUGAAGACGAAAAAACUGUUUACUAUGAUGCAAAAUCACUAUCUGUAUUUGUACAAACUGAUAAAGCCAUCUACAAGCCGGGAUCUACUGUUCGAUUUCGUGCAAUAGUGGUCACACCAAAACUUCAACCAUAUACAGAAACCAUAUCAGUGACAAUAAGAGAUCCAUUUUUGAAUAUUAUUUCACAGAAAGUCGAUCAGACACUAAUCAAAGGAGUAUUCUCGGAUGAGCUCGAACUCUCAGUAGAACCAAGUCUUGGUGAAUGGUCAAUUGAAGUGAAAACGAAAAGUGGCAUUGAAUUUUCAAAAAAAUUCACUGUUGACAAAUAUAUUUUGCCUAAAUUUGAAGUAAACAUCAAAACACCAAAUUUUAUCACAAUAAAUGAUGAUUUGGUCGUUCAUAUUGAUUCUAAAUAUACCUAUGGAAAAGGCGUGUCAGGUAAAGCUAAAAUAACUUUGGAGUUACCUUGGCACCAGUUUGCGGUACCUGUGGUGGUUGCAGAUGAUGGCAUUGUUCAAGAGGCAGAACAAGGAAGCGUUAUCGAAAGAACAGUGAAACUUAGUAAUAUGGGAGAAGCUACUUUUGUGUUCGCUAAUGAAGAAUUAAAAAAACAUAAAUUGAUAACAUCAUUUGGAGGUAGCUCAAUUAAAAUUGCAGCUACGGUAACGGAAGAUUUAACAGGGAUCAAAAGAAAUGCUACGACUGAAAUUGUGGCUUAUCGACAUGAUGUAAAAUUAGACGUUGACAAACAAGGUGAAACAUUUAAACCAGGCUUAGGCUAUAAUGUGGUCAUUUCAUUGAAACAAAUGGAUAAUACACCGGUCAAAGCUACUGUACCAAAGCGAGUUCAGGUUUGA